AUGGGUGAGAGAGCAGGAGAGCGAAGGAUAAAGCACUAUAGCAGCAAGCAUAACAUAUUGCUUGUUGGGGAGGGCGAUUUUUCAUUUUCCAAGUGCUUAGCCACUGCAUUCGGGACUGCUGCAAAUAUGACCGCCACUUCCCUCGAUACCCAAGAAUCGUUAAUGAGCAAGCACAAACAUGCAAUGGUGCACGUGGAGGAACUUCAGGACUUGGGCUGCACAAUCAUACAUGGAGUGAGCGCUUACUGGAUGAAAGAUCACCCCCAACUACAAUCUAAGUACUUUGACAGGAUUGUUUACAACUUCCCUCACUGUGGUUUCACUCGUAAAGCAGAAGAUAGUUCUCAUAUGAUCAAGCGGCACAGGAAGUUGGUCUGGGCGUUCCUGAUCAACGCGACGGAGAUGUUGACGGAAGAAGGUGAAGUUCAUGUGACCCACAAAACAACGUAUCCUUACAGUGAGUGGGAUAUCGAGCAGUUGGCAGAGGAAGCCGGGCUGGGCUUGCUUGAGAAAUCGCCUUUCGACAUCGAUGAAUAUGAUGGAUAUGUGAACAAGAAGGGAGAUGGAAGGAAAUGCGAUAAGAGCUUCUUUGCUGGGAAUGCUUGUACUUUCAAAUUUGCUUUCUGAAUCUUUUUCGGAAAUAGUGGGAGUCUUGGCAACCGCUUUUUUAAAGCUGCUACAGUACUUAUUUUGGCAGUUUUACACACACAAGUUUGUGCAAUGGUGCCUGACUUCUCUCUUGCUUCUCUGUUUUUUUUAAUAGCAGUUCUA